AUGCACGCCCCGCGCUCCCUCGCGCUCGCCCUGGUGGCGCUCGCCUCUUCCGUUGCUGUCUCCGGCAACGCCCUGCCGCGCCAGCACGCGCGCGCCCUCGGCACGCCGCCGGCCGGCCUCGGGGUGCGUGCGCCCGGCCAGGAGCUCGUCGCCGCCGCCGUCGAGCAGGUCAACGACGCUCCGGAGGAAGACCUUGCGCCCGUCGAGCUCUCCCACGAGCCGCGCGAGCCCGAGGUUGAGGCGCGCAACCUGGAGAAGCGCGCCUCGGCGGCCCGCACCGCCUGGCUCAACGCACACAACACCGUGCGCGCCAAGCACCAGGUGCCGGCACUGACCUACUCGGCCGAGCUGGCAAAGUACGCCAGCCAGAACGCACGCAAGUGCAAGUUCGCCCACAGCGGCGGCCCGUACGGCGAGAACCUGUACGCCAGCACGCAGACGUCGACGAGCGUGCGUCCCAACGCCGUCAAGGCAUGGGCUGACGAGGUCUCGCUGUACGACUUCAGCAAGCCGGGCUACAACAGCAAGACAGGCCACUUCACGCAGGUUGUGUGGAAGAACACCAAGGAGGUCGGCUGUGCCGUCGUCGACUGCCCCAACGAGUCGCUUGGCUUCGGCGGAUACAAGGGCACCGGCCAGGUCGUGUUCUGCGAGUACCGCCCGCCGGGCAACUACGUCGGCGCCACGCAGUUCAAGGCCAACGUGCUGCCGGCCAAGUAG